AUGAUUAGACGUAAAAUUGUAGGUUUCAGUUUACAUGCAAAGAAAUAUACUUUUCAUCCUUAUAAUUCACUUUUGGUUUUCGAAGGAAAGAAUGAAUGUAAAUUAAAGGUAGGAAAGAAUGAAAAUACAGUAUUCUUACAAGAGUGCAGUCAUAAAACAUUUCGUAUUUCUGUUGCAAAAAUACCUGAUAGUAACAAUUUUGUUGUUAAUUUAAAGUAA